UUUUUAUUUCAUUUUAUGAAUUACUUAAUUGUUUCUGUUAUUACUUUAUUACAACCACAAAGACAACUCAAGAACAUUUUUGUUGUAAUUUUAUUAAUUUUUAUUAUUUAAACACUUCAAAUUGCAAUAUUGCAAAUGUUGGUAGCCUUGUUUGUCACAAAACAACAGUAUAAACAUAACCUUAAACCGGUAAUUUUGAAAUAAUGUGAUAAAAAUGUCGAACAAACUAACCCGUUAUGAAAAAAUCGAGUUUCUCGGCGAGGGUCAGUUUGCCACUGUGUACAAGGCCCGCGACGUGGAAACCGACAACAUAGUCGCCGUGAAAAAAAUCAAAAUGGGGAGUCGGCAGGAGGCCCAAGACGGUAUAAACCGAACAGCUCUUCGCGAGAUUAAAUUACUGCAAGAACUCCACCACCGCAAUGUGAUCGGGCUUUUGGACGUCUUCGGGCACAUGUCCAACGUGUCUCUCGUGUUCGAUUUCAUGGACACCGACUUGGAGGUGAUCAUCAAAGACAACACAAUUAUCCUCACCACCGGAAACAUUAAAGCUUACACAAUCCAAACAUUGCAAGGUUUGGACUAUUUGCACCGCAAUUGGAUCCUGCACCGCGACCUCAAACCCAACAACCUCCUGGUGAACGGAAAUGGAGUGCUCAAAAUCGGGGAUUUUGGUUUAGCGAAGCUCUACGGCUCGCCGAACAGGAUUAACACCCACCAGGUGGUCACUAGGUGGUACAGGUCGCCGGAGUUGCUUUUCGGGGCGAGGCUGUACAGCACGGGGGUGGAUAUGUGGGCCGUGGGGUGCAUCCUCGCCGAGCUCCUUCUCCGAGUCCCGCUGUUUCCCGGAGAGUCCGAUUUGGACCAGUUGACUAAAAUUUUUGCCGUUUUUGGGAACCCCACCGAGGAGAAUUGGCCCGGAUUGAAGAGUUUGUCGGAUUAUGUCGAAUUUAAGCCUUUUACGCCCAUUCCAUUGAAGAAUAUUUUCACGGCCGCCGGUGAUGAUUUGCUCGAUGUUCUCGAGGGACUUCUAGUGUUGAAUCCGUUGAAGCGGUUUGAGUGUAGCAGGUGUUUGGCCAUGCCGUUUUUUAGUAAUAAGCCAGCCCCCACGCCGGGGUCCAAAUUGCCUCUACCGCAAAAUAUCAGAAAAACGCAGAUGGAGAGGCCUACUUUGAAGAGGAAGCUGCUGGAUGCAGUUGAGGGGGGGUCGCUCUCGAAACGACUGUUUUUUUAAUUUUUUUUUGUAUAUAGCUAAUAAGAUCUAAAUAAAUGUUUGAUUGUCUUAUUA